AUGCCCGCGGCGAGGGCACGGCAUGAUGGCAUUCCAUCCUUCGUCCGUCUGGUUCAGCUUGCGCUGCCUGCGCCGUGCGGUGGCGCCCGGCACGGUGACCAGGACCAAGGGGAACGAGUGGAGGCCGCAACCCAGACGGGAUUCGAGACCAGAUCACGGCCAGAUCACACCCGUGAACUUGUGGUGGGCUGUGGGUUGUGGGCCGCAGACCUUGUGCCGCCCUUCAUACUUGGUAUUGCAUUCACACUCACAGGCGCUGUGCCCGAGCAAGGCCCAGGAUCUGUGCGAUGUACCCAGUACUACUCCCUCAUUGCCGACUCCUGGAUGGGUAGGUCGCUUGGCAGACACAUGCUAAUCCCACUUACUGUGUAG